GCAGCUGUGGUGGGCAAGAUGGACGGGAUGUCUGCAAGACUGUCCAAACGAGCCCUAUGCUUGUGUUACUACUUCCCUGUGGGAGUGAACGAGAUUCCCAGGAACAUUUCCUCCAACGCGCAAUAUGUAUGUUAGAAGAAUGUCUAACCCUUAGAUAAGGGCUUGUUAGCAUCGGCUGUUGUGAGCUAAGACGCCAUCUUGCUACAAGUUUUGGAGGAAAGGUGCUGCUGGGUACUUCUGACAGCCAACCAGGAGGCGGAUGCCACGUGCAAACACUUGUUAGAUGUAAAGAAGAUCCUUAUGCAUGAGCAGCCUCACACGCAAGGAUGAGGACACACUUAAUGGCAGGAGAACUCCCAGCUGGCGAUGUGUGUGUUCCCUCCAAGGUCAAGGCUCCAUGCAGGGAGAUGAAGCAGACCAAAAUCCGAGUCAUCCCUCACGGUGCCUUCACUGACCUGCACCAGCUUAGGAAACUGACAAUCCUAAACAACGACAACCUGAGGACCAUCGCUUCCUUCGCUUUCGCCGGCAUCCCUCUGGUGGCUGACAUCUUCAUCUCAGGAAACGUCGCACUGGAGACAAUCGGAGCGUUUGCGUUCUCCGACCUCCCUGAACUCGGCGAGAUAACCAUCACAAAGUCCAAACACCUGAGGCACAUUGACAGGGAUGCGUUCAAGGACAUUGUCAACCUGCAGCGCCUGAUCAUCUCCAACACGGGACUCGCCACGUUCCCAGACUUCUCUAAGAUCCACUCGGCCGCCGACUGCAUGCUGUUCGACCUGCACGACAACAAGCACAUACAGGAAGUGCCCACCAACGCCUUCAACGGCCUCUGCAGGCGUACCAUCAGAGACAUACGGCUCACCAGAAAUGGCAUCAAGGAGGUGGCGAGAGACGCCUUCAACGGCACCAAGAUGCACAGAUUGUCUCUGAAAGGCAACAGACAACUUGCUCACAUCCAUCCAAACGCCUUUACGGGUUCCAGUGAGUUGGUUGUACUGGACGUCUCCCACACAGCGCUCAGCUCCCUGCCCGAUGCCAUCCUGGUUGGACUCCAAUGGCUCAUUGCUGAGUCGGUGGUUCACCUGAAGAAGCUUCCCCCACGGCAGGCCUUUGCCAAGCUAAGCCUUGCCCAGGUCACGUACCCGUCACACUGCUGCGUCUUCCUCAACCUAUACAGUAACAGUUCCAGGUGGAACCCCCUGUGCUCCCUCCCCAAAGCCCGAGAUGAUGGCCCCUUCUUCAGGGACCACUGCUCCAGCUUCAACUCCACCUGCAGCCCCAUGCCGGAUGCCUUCAACCCCUGCGAGGACAUCAUGGCCGCCGUCCCCCUGAGGGCCCUCAUCUGGAUCGUCUCUGUCCUCACGCUGCUGGGGAACAUGGCCGUGCUCCUCGUAUUGUUAGGCAGUCGCUCCAAACUGACGGUGCCGCGCUUCCUCAUGUGCCACCUGGCGUUUGCUGACCUCUGCAUGGGCGUCUACCUGGUGGUCAUAGCAACGGUGGACACGUUGACACGGGGCCACUACUACAACCACGCCAUCGACUGGCAGACGGGCCUGGGCUGCGGCGCCGCCGGCUUCUUCACGGUAUUUGCCAGCGAGCUGUCUGUAUUCACGCUGACAGCCAUCACGUUGGAGCGUUGGCACACCAUCACACACGCCCUGCGGCUGGACCGCAAGUUUCGUCUGAGGCACGCCUGCAUGGUCAUGGCGGCCGGGUGGAUCUUUUCCUGCCUGGCAGCGCUGCUUCCCAUGCUGGGGGUUAGCAGCUACAGCAAGGUGAGCAUCUGUCUUCCGAUGGACGUGGAGUCUGUGGCGUCUCAGGUAUACGUGGUGUCGCUACUCCUCCUCAACAUCCUGGCCUUUGUGUGCGUGUGCGGCUGCUACCUUAGCAUCUACCUGACCGUGCGCAACCCGUCUGCGGCGCCGGCCCGCGCCGACACCCACGUGGCCCAGCGCAUGGCCGUGCUCAUCUUCACCGACUUCCUCUGCAUGGCGCCCAUCUCCUUCUUCGCUGUGUCGGCGGCGCUCAAGCUGCCGCUCAUCACCGUGUCAGACGCCAAGCUGCUGCUGGUGCUCUUCUACCCCAUCAACUCCUGCUCCAACCCCUUCCUCUAUGCCUUCUUCACACGCACUUUCCGCCGCGACUUCUUCCUGCUUGCCGCUCGCUUCGGCCUCUUCAAGACGCGCGCGCAGAUCUACCGCACGGAGAGCUCGUCCUGCCAGCAGCCGGCGUGGACGUGCCCCAAGAGCAGCCCCGUCAUCACGUAUGCGCUGGUCAACAACGCCACCUGCGUGAGCGGGAAACAGGAGCGAUGACACACGGACCCGCCUGCCUUUGCAAUGAUAGCUUUAUCCUCAAGCAGCCUGUUAGCUCAUUUCCCAUCAUCCUGUCUGACCUCUGAUCUGAUCGCAAAAAGUAUCCAGGAGUCACAAAUCACAUGACCCACGGGUGUGCUCCUGUGCAGGCUUACAUGAACACACCAAGGGAUGCUACACGUUGAUCAGAGCACCCCCAGAUCUUUUUUUUUUUUGGUGUAUUUAAGAUGGAAUGCAUCAAUGGAAUUGCUCUUACAGGCCUUUAAUAAGGUAACAAUCACAGAAGUAUUUAUGUUUAUUAAGAAUGUAUUGACAGUUUGUGUAUUUGUAGCAUGUCAACAGGGUUGCUGAUUCUCUAAUUCACCACUAAUACCUACAACCACGUACACGCUAACCUUGCUGUCAUCCACUUGUAUUGAAAUACUCAUUAUUGCAACUUUGUUACAUAGAUAAAACAACGGGAGUGUGUCCAGGGGGAUAUGUUGUGCUUGUCUGCAGCCAUCUGUUUGUAAUUGUGGUUAUACUAAUUAUUCAAUGUUGCCUUUGUUCUUUUAUUGUUGCAUUUAUAAAGAUGUCUUUUUUUUAUAACCAAUGUUUGCAUAGGGAGUGUGUAUGUGAGUCAUAACAAAAUCAAAUCCCGUACUCUCAUGCAUAAACACACACACUGAGCUGAGCUGUCGUUAUCUUGAAGCAAAGCUAUCCUUCACAGCCUUACAGGAGGCGUUCAAGGACAAAGUACCCUACCAGCCCUCACUCAGCCUCAUGUGUCUCAUGCUGGAACACAGCUGCCUACAGGAGAAUUUAUUUGAUACCCCCCACACACACACACCUACACACAGAUAGUCAAGGCUGCAGCUGCAAGAAGGAAGUGCCCCCAGUUUUGGGAUUUAUGAUAUUUUUGGUACAUUAACAGUAUAUUGGUAUAUGUAUUUUGUUCUACAAUGUAACAUGGGAGGGACAGAGCCUUCUCUGUUGCCGCUCCCUCCCUUUGGAACACACAUCCGUGACACUGCUGACCUUACCGCCUUCAAGACUAACUGAAAAACACACGUUUGAACUGAUAAUGCUUUAAAACUUACAUAUUCAGUAGUACAUCACAUUACAAUCUUUUAAGAUUGUCUUUUGUAUGCAGUUUUAACUGCAUUUGUUCUGAACUCCAUACUUUAUGGUUCUUGUGCUCCGCUGUUAUUUUGUACACUCAUAUUUGUUAUUUGUUUCGUUUUACCUUGUAAAGCAUCGUUGAGUUUUUGAAAAGCGCUCUAACCCUUGUCCUAACCCUACCUCCAUCCCUAACCGUAACCCCAACCCAUAACCUUAAUACCCAUACAUACAGUAUAUACAGAUUUACUCUACAUUGUAAUGUUGUACGUUAGUGUCAUCUGGUGGCCAUUUGACGGCACUAGCACAGAAAUACAUUAUGUCUAAUACCACUUCCUGUUUUGAAUGGCAUCAUCGUCACCAUUCUCAUCUUGACACAUCAGAAAUGCAGCAUUUACAAGGAUAAUAACGCUCAAGUUAGAUUACUAUUGUGAAUGACAUAUUUUAAUUGAACUUGAUGCGUUUUAUUGUGCUUGUAGUGUACUGAGAGCUGUUCCUAUUAUUUUGGUUUCCUCGUUACACUGCAUGCCUGCAAAGUAAUCCGAUAGGCACCCUCAAUUGGACAAGUAGUGCAUUACAUGUGCGGAUUACGUCGUAUAUUUGACGGAAACGUCACAGUCUGCAAUUGUACUCAAUCGUACUCACCGAAUUAAGAUUAGAUUACAUCACAAGAUUUAAUGUGUUUGUCUCU